AUGAAGAAGGUCAAAAAGAAAAAGUCUGAUUCCAGGCGCCGCAGGAAUUCCAUUUCACCGCAGACUAGCUCCGACUCCUCACAGCAGCCCAGCUCGGAAACCCCGCCGUCAUGUCCAGAGCCUGCCUCGCCACCACCGCAGCCACAGCCUUGCCAGGAGUCCGCCCCACCACACCAAGUUAACCCUGAGCCUAAACCGCAACAGCCUACACCACAGCCCCUCCCGCCUCCAGAAAAACGUGCUUCAUCUCCGUGCCUGGUACCCACGGAACCUAAACCAACUUCUCCAUGCAGGAAAGCAGUAGUGCCUUUGACCUACGUGGCCCCACGCUCCUGCCCCUGUGUGAUCUGCCCGGGCAGCUCCGCUUGCUGGCGUCGUCUGGGGCUUUGCCAUAGCCGAAUCUUUGAUGUCCUUCUGCCUCGGGACUGGUCAUCCAUGCCGGGGAGAGGAUUCCCAAACCUUCUCACCUUCUACAGAAAACCUUCAAGGAAAUACUGCACUCCCCGUAACUAUCGUGCUGCAAGCUCUCGGAACUGUUGCUGUGGCUCUGGGGGCCUUGGGAGUUGCCUACUUCAUGGCUGA